CACCUUUUCCGUCAGUCUUGGCCUGGCAAUAAGCCUUUUUGAGAAAAUACAUAACAGCAGGGCUCUUAUAGCGGCUGUCCACAUGUUGAAUAUGUUACUCAGGAUAUAAGAACAAUGAGGUUUGCUUAAUCGUCAGUCUUGGCCCUUGUCAGCAUUCGAGUCUUUCGUCCAUUCUUACAAUGAGCAACGGCGAGAUAGUCCCGGGUAGUGUUUACCUCUAUGACCCAGUCAAUUGGGCUCCACCAAUGUUCACAGCUUGGUUCGCGGUCGCUACAAUUGCGCAUGUGUGGCAAUGUAUCAAAUACAAAGCAUGGAGGGUCACAGGCCUUCAUCCCGUGUGUGGCCUACUUUUCACCGCAGGGUUCGCCCUUCGAUCCUACGGCGUAAUUCAUUACAAAGACUUAGCCAACUACCACGUACUUGGUCGUAUCCUUUACUACGUCCCGUACUACUCACCCCUCCAUCCAAGCCGCACUCUGACUACCUUUGGCUUCGUGUCCAGCGUUGUCGAAUUCCUUAAUGCUAUUGGUGUUGCCUGGCUGGUAAACCCAAACGUUCCUGAGUCAUACAUCAAGAGGGGAGGCGUCCUUUUGAAAGCAUCACUCGUCUUGCAGGUUGGUGUAAUUACCGUAUUCUGCAUCAUCGCCGGCAUCUUCCAUGCACGAUGCGUAAGGGGAAGCAUCACCACGCGCAAGGUACGAGGCCCGCUCGUGACGCUGUACUUGAGCAUGAUGCUCCUCCUCCUUCGCACUGUUUACCGCAUAAUCGAACACUUUGGAACGACCGCCAUCUAUGAAUACUCAUCACCAGACUGGGAUCCCAGGACACUCUCCCCCGUCUUAAGGUAUGAGUGGUUCUUCUGGGUUUUCGAAGCAAGUCCCAUGCUGGUAAACUCUAUAUUAUGGAACUACCGACAUCCACGUCACUAUCUGCCGGAAGACUAUCAUGUAUACGUGGCACAGAAUGGUCGGACUGAGUUACAGGGCCCGGGUUGGAAGGACGAUAUGCCUUGGUGGAUGACUUUUAUUGACCCUUGCGGGCUGACGGCUUCAUUGACUGGCAGUAAGAGAAAGGAGAAACCGUUUUGGGAAAAUAACAGGUAUCAAGCUAUUGACCUCGAUGAGGGUGGGGGCAACGAUGCAUCACAAAGCGCGAGCUCAUUCUAGA